AUGACUGCUGAGAGGAAACAGCCCCUUGGUGGGUCCUCUGGGUGGCCAGGAGGCAGGUGCGCCCUCACCACAUCCUUUGUUAACAUCCAGGCUCUCGGCCUCAGGCUCUUGGCCCCACGCUCUUCUGUGAACACGGGCCUUGGCCGGAGCCGCCAGACGAUGUGUUCCUGGAAUCCUGUCCUGCUUUGCCUGGGGCUCUGUCUCAGUUACAUGACUGGGGUGACAGAGGGGGUCUCUCGGAGCAAACCCCACUUACUGAUGAAGCUGAACACCUCCACAUCUCUAGAGGCCAGGACUGAGUCACGCCCUACAGCUGCACCAGGCCCCACUGAGGACAGAGGCACCAGUAGGCCAGAUUCAACAGCUGGUCCCACCCUUCAGAAUUAUACGGUGCCCAAUCUCCUCCAGAUGGGCCUGGCCGGGUUUGUCUUGGCCGUUCUGGGAGUCCUGCUGGCCUGGCCUGGCUGGAGGGGCAGCCCCCUGACUGGCUGCCUCUGCCUUCAUAGACACUUUCACUUUCUCAGAGUCCGGGGGCGUCUUCCUCCAGCCUCCAGGGGCUUCGUGGCCACAUCCUCUCUGGACCUCGCUCUUGAAGCUCUCCCACCUGCUUCUGGCCCCAAGCCAGACUCAGAGCAGAUGACAACCCUCAGGACAGGUCGUCCUACAAUCACUCUGGGUCCUCACCAGCUCACCUGGGGAAGCCUAGAGGUGCUUCAGGAACUCACCCCAGGUAGUCGGAAGUCCUGAGAGUGAAGGGAGGCCAGGAGGCCCUUCCUCAUCUGGUCUCUGUUCCUGUCACCCAGGAAGAGGAAGGCUGGGGGGUGCUUGCUCAGCCUUGGAAUCUACCUCUCUCCAGUGCCCUGCCAGCUCUGAGGCUCCCACCUUGUCCCAGGACCCCUCCAGCCCCCACAGCCUGGACCUUGGGGUCCCGAUUGCUUCCUCCUUCAUUUCAGUACUUCAGAAACAUUUGUUGAGUGGGGCUGAUUUACUUGCCAAGAGUUUAUAGGUUUUAGGUUGAGCCUGCCAUGUUUCAGAUGAGGAAACUGAGGCUCAGAGGGGAGGAAUUGACUUGUCCCAGAUCACCCAAGUAGGAGAAAGCAGCUCCAGGCUUCCCACCCAGAGCCCUGACUCAAUCCAUUGAUUGCA